AUGUCAGGUAAUAACAAGAAAGGAACUCUUCCUUGGUUUUUUAAAGACAUUAAUUCAACUCAUUUAAACUUUGAAGGAGACUUUGACAGAGAGCAACAAGAGGAUGUAAUAGUUGAUAAAAGCUUGGGAGAAACGAACAAAAAAAGACAAGUUGAGGAAUUUGGAAUUACAUUAGUUGCUGAGGAAGAUAAGAAAUGUUCAAAUGAAAUUAGUGAUGCCAUCUCAUUACAAACAAUUGAAUUGAAACAACUCGAAGGACAAAACUUGCCUGAAGGUGAACGAUUAACAGAAAAACAAUUGCAAGCAUAUAUAUAUCACUGCGUUCUAAAUGGAAAACGGUUAAGAUAG